AUGUGGUGUCGAAUAUUACUUUUGUCUAUUGUUAUCUGUACAACAACAAGCAAAUUUCACCAUCUGGCGUUAAGGGCAGACUCAAGAAGAAAUAUCAUUAUCAGUGAAUUUGGAUAUGGAACAAACGGUACUCUGAACAUUGCAAUUAACAAUUUCACUGUGCCUGAAAAGAUCAAAGAUUCUGUCGACUCGACGGAAAAUGCUGAUAAAUUAGGCGUCAUUGGAUUUUCACUCUCCUUGGGCUCUAUUAUAACAAGAGGGGUUGGAUCAAAUCCACAUGUUUGUCAGUUACAACAAACCGACCAAGGCUAUGAUGCUAUCUUCUUCUUUGCUGACCUUCCGAAUAAACGUUUGCGAGUUUAUCGAAGUGGAAUCGGAAAGUACAUUCGAAUUUGCAAAUCGGCUACUGAAUGUUUGACUAAAGACGCCGUUCGAACCCCUAAACCGGAAGAACUUCAACCGGAAGAUCCGACGGGACCAAUUGAGCAGCGUGGGUGGUUCCGCAACUUGUUCGGAAGGUUUCUGAACCCCGGUGCACCAGAAAUCGCGUAUGACAAUUAUAUUCCGCUGCAAGUGGACAAUGAGAAUCAUUUUUCGACAAACAUGUCUAUCCGAUUUGAUGGGAAAAUUGUCGGCCACGAUCGUGUGGCCGUUGAUCUCACUGUCGACCUCGUCGAACGAAAUAUGCAUUCAUAUCUGUCAAUAGGAGAAAUUCCAAAACCUCAAAUCUAUCUGUACAUGUCGAUAUUGUUUUUCGGAUUGUCUGUCUACUGGAGUCAUUUGCUUUGCAGAGCAAGUUCUGACAACAUCUACCGAGUUCACAAAUUCAUGGCAGUUCUGGUGUUCUUGAAGGCGUUGUCAUUAUUCUUCCAUGGACUCAAUUAUUACUUUUUGAGCAAGUACGGCAUGCAGAAGGAGUUUUGGGCUGUUCUCUACUACAUCACCCAUCUACUCAAAGGACUUCUCCUAUUCGGAACCAUCAUCUUGAUUGGAACAGGAUACACAUUCAUCAAACAGUUCCUGACUGACCGCGACCGUAAAGUGUUCAUGUUUGUGCUCCCAAUUCAAGUUCUCGACAACAUCUUUUUGAUCAUCCUGAGCGAGAGUGAAAUUGGAACCGAAAGUCACCAACUAUGGCUUAAACUUUUUGUGUUCCUUGAUGUUUUGUGCUGCUUUUUGGUCGGACUUCCAAUUGUUUGGUCUAUUCAACACUUGCAUGAAGGGGCUACAACAGACGGGAAGGCAGCUGCGAAUUUGGAAAAGUUGCGGUUAUUCCGCCAAUUUUACAUACUUGUGAUAAUUUACAUCUAUUGCACUCGGUUCUUCAGUGUUAUUUUUAAAUUCAUUCUCCCCAAUAACAUGGAAUGGGUGAUUGUCGCUGCAGUCGAAAUUGUCACAUUCACAUUCUUCAUCGUUGUUGGAUACAAGUUCCGCCCUGCAAACUCUCAUAAUUAUCUUCUUUUGAAUUCUGAUUUCGAUAGUUAUGAUGCGGAUGUGAUCCCCAAGGAUGACAGGAAAGAUAAAGAUAACAACGAGCCAGUGGUGGUGGAUGAGCAAUUCUUGACCAAAGCAUACUCGGAUGCCAAUGUCUCCCGACGAGUGGUAUCUGAUGAAUCAUCCAACAAUCAAGCAGACUACCCACAUCAGAAGCUCAUGAAGAAACCUUCUCAAACCUACGAACAGUCUCUGCUAGAUUAA